CAAAAUCUCGUUGAUAAACAAUGGCCCAGCCUGUAUUUCCAGAGCGACCGGUACCAGACGUCAAUGCUCCAUCCCUCUUUGACCUGCUUGCCCAAGAACAGUUGCGAGAUCUCUUCCAUCCCGUCUUCCGAUACAUCCUCUCGUAUCUGGCUCAACGGUACCCUAGAUAUUUUUUAAGACUACUAAAUCAUCACGAAGAGGCUUUUGCUCUUCUGCUUUUGAUUCUCGAAAAACAUCACCUCGAGCAUCAUAACGCAUCGCUAUCCGAACACUUUUACGGACUCCGUCUAGUCCCUUCUCGUGCAUUCUCUUUGUCUCGUCUUGGCAGUCUUUCCCAAAGCCAGCUCAACAUCUCGCCCACGACAACUAACCUGACCCGUAAGCAGCGGUGGGGAAUUCUCGUCUUCAUUGUGGGACUGCCUUACGUCAGAGCGAGAGCGCAGGAUUAUUUUGAACGGCUUUCGGGGAUUGGGAAUGAUGAGAUUCAGCGCGAUGAAGAUGGUGAAGUGAGGAUUCAGUCGCUAAGCAAGUCCCAACACAUAUUCAAGCUCCUUUACCCAUAUUUCAACCUCCUCCUCGACAUUUCAUUUCUGGGGUAUGACAUAGCUUAUUUGUUCUCCAAAACAACUUAUUGGCGCCCAUGGUACCUUCUCCUCAACCUCCAUAUUUCACGCGCUCGCUUCCCAUCUCCUCCUUCUCCCUUGGAUACCACCACUUUCUCUUCCAGAUCGGCCCUCUCAUCUUUCUCUCUCCCACCACUUCUUCCGCCUCUGCUCCUCGCCCUCAAACUUUCUCAAUGGUGGUAUUCUCCCUCUUCUCCUAGAGCCCUCUCACCACUGUCUCGUUCUGGAUCCGGCCUACAGGGUGGAAGAGGGAUAUCAGUGGCAGAGGUACAUAAAGGCAUUCUACCCCCUCGAGCGGUGAACAUUCUCUCUUCAGUCUCCAUUUUCCCAUUUUCCCGCAAGCAAAGUAGCAGCCAUGCCGACAAUGAAGACGAAGAGCACAAACGCAACGGGGAACGUACCGAAAUACACAUUCCUCCAGCGAAAUUCGGUAUAUGCCCGUUGUGCAAUAAAGCAUGGGCAAACCCCGCGAUCUUACCGAGUGGUUGGGUAAUUUGUUGGAAAUGUGGGUGGAACGCUGUGGAGGGCGAGAAAGAGUGUCAUGACGAGCAGAGCGAAGAUAAGCCUCGAGAGGAAGAAGAGGUGAGUGAGCGUGAAAAGGAAGGAAGCAGUUAUGAGACAGGAAAAAGUACGGAUGACAGAGAGAAGAAGACGGAGAGGAAAGGAAGAUGUCCCAUCACGGGCAUAUACGUGCCUCCUGGCGGAUUAAGAAGGAUCUUAGUCUGAAAAGAUGGGCGAAGUUGAGAGAAAUAGUUACGAUGUCAGAAUCAACGAGUAUUCAUGACUUUUGAGAUGUCCUUUAUUGUAUAAGACAGCGAAAUGGGUUGAUAGGCAAUAAAAUUAGCGUAAACAACUGUAAAUAACUAUAGACAUAGGCACCGGCUGUAAACUAGGAUGCAUGGGCACUUGAAUAUUGCAGCCAAAUGCAGAGUUAAUACUUAGUAUUGGAUACAUGCCACAGUGCCGCUGAACAUGUACGAGGGUGGAGUAGAGUAGCGAAGAUCUGACGGCGUGCGAGGAGGUUGAACCGAACGAGCGUUGUAAAGCCGAGGCGUCUUCUAUCUU